ACGCCCGAGGACCUAACAGGUUCGAAGAUCAUGGCUACCCAUCCAGUGGCCGUUCUGAGCGGAAACAUGUUUGCUUCGGUAGGAAGUGAUCGGGGCACUGGAGACUACGUGGUAGGGAUGAUCCCACCCGUGGACACCUGGGGGAAGGAGUUCGUUACCGUGCCGCUCACAAAGCACACGGCUGGCGAUAUAUUCCGUGUUAUAGCCGCCAGAGACAACACGCAGGUCAAUAUCACCAAUGAGAACACGAAGACUCUGAACGCUGCGGAGUUCAGCGAGCUUGAUGUCCCAUCUGACGAGUACAGACACGUGGCCUCCAGCGAGCCUAUCUUGUUGGUCCAGUACAGUAAGACUGGUUCGAUCGACCAAACAGAAACCGACCCGUUUAUGAUGGUCAUCCCGCCUGUGACCCAGUUUGAUACGGAGUACACCUUCGCCACUGUUGACCUUCUUAGUGACAGGACCGAGCCCACUCAUCAUAUCAACCUGGUCGUCAGCUCGCAAAAAAAGUCUGGUCUCCGAUUGGAUGGUGUGCAGUUGCCUAGCAACACCGUCUGGCAUGACGUACCUGGAACCGACUACGCAGUCGCACAACUGGAUAUUCCUGCAGGCACCCACACAGUUCGGCAUCUGUCUCCCAUCGUGACCGUUGGUCUGUUUAGCUAUGGAUUUGUAUACCCAGAGUCUUACGGCUAUCCCGGUGGCCUCCGACUGUCCCGGAUCGCUGCCUCGUGCAGCACCACCACCCCCGUCCCCGCCGACCGUGUGGACAACGACUGUGACGGACGUGUGGACGAAGAGCUGCUGAACGGCAUUGAUGAUGACGGCGACGGACUGAUCGACGAGGACGUGGCUAAUAGUAACUGCGCUGGAAACAGGGACCAGUACAGAACGUGCCUACAGAACCGGUGCAGGAACCUGGUGCCUUGAGGAGUCGUGACAGUCUAAUACAGACGAUGUAAUCCAUGGCAAUGUGUGGGAACAUCUUACAUGCUAUAACGUUCCCAAUACCAGUAACAUAGUGGUUUUUGACAACUGUAAUUAUGUUUCGUAAAAACAUUUUCUUUUUAAAAACUGUGCAUCUUCUUUCCUUAGUACUGUGUCAGAUAUUCAGAGUUGUUACAGCGCUAGCGUUGCUCUAGAUGUAUAUUUUGUUGCAUGUGAUGUAGCGUUCAGCUGAAUUUUCAUAUGCUACCUAACCUUGAGUUUUAAAUUUACACAGUGACGUUGAACAAUCACUGAAGCUUGAUCAUUACGUCACCUGUUAGUACCUUUAUCUUUUCUAAGACUAACCCACAAGAUGACCCAAAAUACAAGCUAUUUCUAUAUACUAUUAAUCAUGUCGAAGACAAAGAAGACAACAAAAAUUACAUCAUCUGCAGUGAUGCUUUUAGAUUUAAAGAUAAAAACGGGUUCUUACUUGAUUAUGUUACAUGCGAAUACAUGGCGACGCCCUAUAUAGGGCGAAAACUUCACCCUGACAGGCAAGUCUAUAAAAUAAUAUUACCACAUGACUGCUGGAAUGCCCCGGGAGGUAACUGAUUAAGGGGAAGGUUGAAUGAGUUUGUUUGUUUGAACCUUUAUCUAUUCAUUUCAUUUUGUAUCUGUUAACUGAAUCUUUUCAAGUCUUGCAGUAAAGGUCUUCAUUCAUUCAUUUAUGUGAAACACAUAUAAGCGUCCAUUCUGUUCACUUCUAUAA